AUGACCGCGGUAAAACGACGAAGAUGGUUUCCAGCAAAGGAGGCGAAGUUUUCAGAGCAGGAAGUGGUUCAGUAUUACGUGAAGUCGCCCCCUUGUUUCUAUCUGACGCUACUGGUUGCGGCCAAGAAUGUUCCGUUAUCGCCGGACGAAAACUGCGAGUAUAUGAUAGAUCCCAUAAAGAAAGAGGCGCAAGCGAUUCUUGAGCGGGAAUGUCCAAACAAGUUGUAUCCUCCCGAGCUUUAUGAGGGACCUGGAAUCGUGUCAUUGGGCCAGCCUCUGCUUGUGAAAAUUCAUCCUAAUGUUCCUUUUGAAUUUGUUAUAGGACGAUCGCAGCAAAAUUUGGAAGCUGUUCCUGGAGCGGCAAGACGCUGGUUUUCUCGAAGGCACUGUGCAAUCCAGGUGUACUUCGGGAAACGGGGUAAAGCCGGGCAAGUUGUGUUCGCUGUGAAGGAUCUCAGGUCCGCGAAUGGAACCUUCUUGAACGGGAAGGCGCUCCCCUCUGGAGGUGCUGCUGCCCUCAUGAACAAUGACAUUAUUGGUGUCUCGAUGACUGAUUACGGGGGGCUUAUGCUCGGCUUCCGCUUCACCGUACUCUACAUCAGCGAACGCAGGUGGGUCGCGAUACACGAGAAGGUCUCGUUACUUGACGACGACAACGAAGACGAUGAUGACUAA